CUCUUAUGCUGUUUGCCCAAUUGGUUCUCUUUGAUUGGUCACUGGAAAAAUUAAAUUUGAUAAUUUGAUGUUGAUAUUAAUUAACUGCAAAAGGAAACUUCCAAUUGGGUUUUUUAAUUGGGCAAGUAGCUUUAGUAAUCAUUAUUUCUGGGUAAAAAUAUUCCCAGUUAGUUCAAAUGAGAGCAUCCUAUGAUCUUCAUACUGCUUAAUCCCAAUACUUAACCUUUCUAGAUACUACUUGAUACUCUAAUUUUGGUUCAAUUUUGGUUUAUUGCAUUAGAAGAUAAACUUGUUCUUGAAGUGAGUUGAUUGCAAGCAAGAACAACAUCAAGCAAAUAUCUCUAAUCAGUCUAAAUUUGAUCGAAGCAAAGGCUAAAAAGCAGUGUUCACAGUUGAACUGUACAAGUAUCAUGAACUCAUCAAACUGGCUCGAUCAGCAAUAUGAUUGGAUUUUUAAUACUGAUUUAUCCGAACUUGGUUAUUUUGAAAGUCACCAGAAUGAGGCUCAUGAUCCACUGUUUGAAGGGAUUAAUGAACAGUGCUGCUGGGUGGAUGAUAACAAGGAAUUUGAAAUCGAUGAAUUUAUUGAAUUUAUUGAUUCUUAUCAGUGGGGUGAUCAUGAUGACAAGCUAUUUGAAUUUGGUGAAUCUGAUCUGGGUGUUGGAAAUUUUAAUGAGAAAUUCCAUUCGCAAGGAAACAUAUUUGAAGAGAUUUUUGAAAAACUAAAUGAAAUUUUUAAACGGGAUGAUGAUAUUUAUUCUGAAAAUGAGUUUGGUGCAAUUAUUUUACAAUCUGCACAAUUAUCUGAUACGGAUUUUAUGAAAAUCGCUGAUAAGCUGCACGACUUAACAUGUGAACCUGUAAAGCCUUGUAAGGAAAAAGAGAAAAUUUUGCGAGAAGAAGAUGAUUUGUAUGUGAGAUGUCGAAAACCAGCAUUUAAGAUGAUUGGCAUAGCAAGACGUCUUUCCCAGGAGCAAAAAGAUGCUUACGCAAAGGGUGAUCACACUUCUGAAAAACGGUUAUCUAAACAAGCUAAGAUGGCAUCGAAAAAGGCUCAUAUACUCAAUAAAAAGGCUGCCGACGAGAUUUUUGAAACAACAAACAAGAAAAAUGGGAUAAUGAAGAUUGACUUGCAUGGUCUUCAUUCAUCUGAAGCUGUUGAUGCAGUAAAUAAACGUCUUAAUACAAUUGAGACCAAGUCCAAAACCUUGUGUUCUUCAUCAAACAAAGGAAAACCACUCUUGUUGCAAGUUAUUACAGGCGUAGGGAAACAUAGCCGUGGAGUGGCUAAGCUUCCAACUGCAGUGCGAACCUUCCUUACUGAUAAAGAGUAUCAAUUCAAUGAAGGCAGACCAGGCGUGAUUAUGGUUCAGCCUAAGUUUCGAGCCACUUGAUAUUAAUGUUGCAGCUUGGGAGUUAAUAUUUUUUGUACUAAGUAAUAUAUUUGUGUCAUGUGAACAUGAUAUAUUAAAUUGUAAAUUGUUUUCCUUGAUAAUAUGUUUCUUGCCACUUGAUAAACCAAGACUAUGUUAAGGAUCUUGCAAUCAAGAUUAAGGUAAUGUUGUUUCUUUUUUUCUCAAGCAUAGAUUUUCCCUAUUUUCCCCUCACUCUUUCAUUACUAAUAUUUUUACAUUAUAUUUUUCAUUUGUUUUUCAUUGUUGAAUCUCUUUGAGGCUUUCGUUUUCAUCGUUAACAAAAUUGAAUUGAGUAUCUUCCAAAUAACAUGAAGUAUUUAUAAAGCAGAUUACCAGUAAUUUGCUUUUACACACAGCGUACAUGGAGCCCAUUUGUACACAAGAUUUGGUCAAGAAUUAGCAUCAUCAUUUCUCCUCUAAGUCCCAACUUCAUUGUCCUCUACCUGUAACAUGCUGUUAAUGUUUAAAGUUUAGCGGUUUCGCCAACUACAGUCUCAAUGUUUAUUUUUUGCGAAUU